CUUUUGGGGUUCUUUUGGGUCCUUUUGGGUAAUUCGUUGCAGCAUAUUUUCAUCGGUAACAACUCAACUCGGCACCUGGUGAAUUCGGCACCUGAUUCAUCAUGGCUUCGGCAGUAAAGAAAAUGCGUGUGGAAGAUGUGGAAAACUAUGACAAGAGACGUUUUUGCAUGGCAAUAUUGGGGCUGUGUGUAGCAGAUGCUUAUAACACGCAAAUAACACUUACGCCCCUGAAAAUAACAAAUUGCAAUGCAGCAUCGUCCGGCGGUGCAUGUUUUUCUAAGGCUUUUUGUGACACUGAAUCCUUUGACGAAGGAAUGGUGCUCGGUGAUGUUUUUCAAACUGGGAUUAAAACUUUAAAAAAUUUCGCCAAAAAUGGAACACUUCCAGAGGAGAGACGCAUGUUUCUUGCAUUUGAUAAACUUCUGAACUUUCUAAAUGGAGAAAAGAGCAUCAGAUUUAACAGUCCUCAGAAUCUUCAUGCCUUGCCUGAAACAGAGCUUGCAGAACUGGUAGCAAACCAUUUGUUGGGAAAAUUAGCUAUUUCAUCCUGCUUCUUGGUUGACAAAAAUUGUACUGGAAAAAGAGAUGGAUGUUGUUGUGGAGUCAGAUCGUGUAGAAUGACAGGAGAGUAUGGAGACACGAGUAUUGGAAAUUCGGAGGUGUGGCAUGGAAAUUUAGACAUCAUCAUCAACAACGAUGAUUUGGCUGUGGAAGCAAUUGAGAAUUCUCUAGACAGUCCAGGAGAAAAAUCUGCAGUUGAAGUUAAAGCUUAUCUUCAGAGAAACCCCAAAAUCAUUGCUCAGACUAUUGUGUUUUCUUUUCUACAGGAAAAAAGACACCCAGAGCGUGAACAUUUCUUGACACCUUGCAUUGGAAUUGGAAAUUCAGAGUUGAUUAUUUUGUUUUAUGACACAGAACAUGAUGUUUUGUUAGAGAGUUCUCGUGUUCCCCUUUUUGAAAGCCCAGUUUCUUGCAAAUUCUCCUACUCUUCCAUACUUGCAUGCUGGCUUGUAGUAAAUUACAAGAUUUUUUGUUCCGGGUUAGUAGAGGAGUUUAAAAUCUGCAAAAGCAAUUUUUUUUCGCAUGCUAGAGAAAAAAUAAAUAUAUAUAAAGACGAACUCAAAUUUCAGAAUGUAAACAGUUUUCAGUCUAAUGAGCCAAAACUUGUUAAAGUUGCUUCAAAAGUUAAGACUACUCCACUCAUGCAUGAAACAGAAAAAACAAUGUUAGAAGUCCUCUUGAGUUUAGCUUCAACAGAUGCUUAUUCCAAUAGUGCACCAGGCUCAAACUCAAAUUGAAAGCAUAAAAAGAGUGAAAAAACCAAGUGGUAGUUUCUCCUAAACCUAUCAGUAUUUUUAUCACUCGACAAAAAUAAAUGUAAAAAUAUGCCCAUGUUAGUGUGUAGAGCAGCACUGAUGGAGGGUGCAUCAAUCAAGACAGAGGGAAUCCCUGGUUUCUUUGGUGGUAAUUAUAAGGACGUAGAUUAUCUACCAUAUGUACCGACAAAGUUAUAUAUCCAUGUGCUUUCUUUUUAUAUGUAUUGUGGACUGCAAUAACACUAUCAAAAUAUUACUGGUAGCAAAUGGGCAUAUAUUGAUCAUGCAAUUAAUGUACAUGUACCUCUUUGCAGAUAAAUGUAGAUUGAUUGGGCCCUAUAUC